CUGGGCUUAAGCCCCGCCACUGCGCAGCUCCAACUUACGACGUCACCGACAUCACCAAAUAAAAGACACGACAGCAGCUCGUGAGCUGGCUGCGCGUCCAGGUCGACAAAAUGGAAUCCAUAUCGCGAAUAUCGACGCUGCUGGAGAACGCUCGAGACCUCACCCUCGAUGCAGCCCAGGCAGCUCGAAGCACUCGACCUACGACGAAGAAUCUCCCUACAGCCCAGAUCAAGAAAUUCCUAGACAGCCGAAAUGACCGCGAGGUGUUGGACGGACUCCGGAGGGUCAUCUCCAUGAUGUACCGCCAGCAGCGCACCCUGCCCUUCUUCUCCUCCGUCGUCAAGAACGUCGCAUCGCCCAACCUCGAAAUCAAGAAACUAGUGUAUAUAUACCUCAUCCACCAUGCUGAGCAGGAACCCGACGUCGCUUUGCUCUCCAUCAACACGAUCCAAAAGUCCCUUUCAGAUAUGAACCCACAAGUGCGCGCUCUCGCCCUGAGGACUAUGUCGGGCAUCAGGGUUCCCGUCAUCAGCCAGAUUGUGUCGUUGGCCAUCAAGAAGGGGGCUGGCGACAUGUCGCCUCAUGUGCGCAAGGCCGCUGCCCUGGCGAUCCCCAAGUGCUAUAGUCUGGAGCCCAACAUGUUGCCACACUUGCUGGAAAACCUGUCGACCCUGCUCGGGGACAAGCAGUACUUCGUUGCCGGCGCAGCGGUGUCGGCAUUUAUGGAAAUAUGUCCUGAGCGGUUGGAUCUGAUACACAAGCACUACCGGGCACUGAUCAAGAAGCUUGUCGAUAUGGACGAGUGGAGUCAGCUUGCUACGCUGAGGAUGAUGACUAUCUAUGCGCGCAAGUGCUUCCCAAGACGGACACGAUCGGUUAAAGCGGCGAACAAGUCGACUGAUCUACAGGAUUUCUAUGGCGAUGGUGGCACAGGAACUCCUGGGUCUGAAGACGACCAAGUUGUUGUCUUGGACCCUGAUCUUGUCCUGUUUCUUAACGCCAUCAAACCCCUGCUCCAGAGCCGUAACUCUGCAGUCGUCACCGCAGUAGCUCGCUGCUAUGUCGAUAUUGGUACACUAGAGUACACCAAGUUGGCUAUUGGCCCGCUGGUGGCCCUGCUGCGGUCCGCACAAGACAUCCAAGAACUGGCUCUCUACAAUAUUGUUUCCGUCUGUCUUUCGCAUGCCGCCUCCUUCGUCAAAUAUGCGUCGCACUUCCUUGUUCGAGCAACAGAUCCAGCGCCGGUAUGGGAAUUGAAGCUUGAAGUUCUCACUCUCAUCUUCCCCCACAGCCCCAUGCACACCAAGGCUUUGAUCUUAAACGAACUGGAGCACUUCUCCGGCGGUACGAAUAAGGCACUCGUUCGGGAGGCUGUUCGAGCCAUAGGACGUUGUGCGGUGACAGAUCCGAGCACGGCGCCUCGGUCCAUGCGUUUGCUUCUCGGACAGAUUACAAGUCUGGACGGAACACUUGCCGCGGAGUCGUUAACAGUGAUACGACAUCUGAUCCAGCAGGAUCCGCAAGCCCACGUCGGCACCGUCGUGAGGCUAGCCAAAAACCUCGACUCAGCCACGGACCCUCAUGCCCGCGCCACCAUCAUCUGGCUCGUGGGCGAGUUCUCCGGCUUGAACAACGAGGACAACAUCGCAGCCGACGUCCUGCGCAUUCUUGUCAAGGAGUUCACGGACGAGUCUGAGGUGGCGAAACGGCAAAUUGUGCUGCUUGCAGCGAAGGUAUAUCUGCAUCACAUAAACCGCGAAGCCGAAUCCCAAAAAGGCGAACCGGAGGGCUUCUCUGCUCCGCUCCUAGACGACCAAAGCUCCAUUGCAAAACUAUGGAACUAUGUCCUCCUUCUGGCUCGGUACGACACGUCGUACGACCUCCGCGAUCGCACCCGCUUGUACAAGGCACUGAUAGGCGUUCCCCAGCUCGCCACGCUCAUGCUCCUGGCCCCCAAACCUGCACCCCAAGCACCUAGUCCGUCGGAGACGCGGAAGGGAUUCAUGCUCGGCUCGGCUGCGCUUGUUCUCGCUGGAGGCGGCGGGGUGCAUGGCCUGCGUGGGUACGAGCCGCUGCCUCCAUGGGUUGAGGAGGGCAGGGAGCCGGAUCCGAGCUUGAGGGCGCAGGAUGAGGUCAAGAAUGAGUAUGGAGAGGGGAGGAGGGUUAUGCCAGCUGUGCAGAAGUUGGAUGAUGCGUCAAAGGCCAUACCGGCGCCAGGGAGUAAUGGUUUUGCCGAGGGGACAGGGGUGAAGACGUUGGAUGAUUGGCUUGCCGAAGAGGAAGAAACCGAAGAAUCUGAAGAAGAGGAAAGCGAAGAGGAAGAGGAUGAGGAAGAGGACGAGGAAGAGGACGAGGAAGAGGACGAGGAGGGGGAAGAGUCAGGGGAAGAAGAAGACGGGGAGACAGACAGGCUCGUCAAAGAAUAAGUCCCUAUACACCGAAGCUUGUUCAAGACUCAAUCACCUCAGAGUCACGAACAACUCAGACUUCCUAGGGCUUUACUAGACUCCCUGAGACUGGAAGAAUAUUGCAUUUUCGAGUUUAAAAAGGCAGCACGCAAACUAUCAGAAUAACAAUGCCUGUUGGACCCA